AAUGUUUAUUAUCGGGUUGGGUCACAAGUUUUUUAUAAAUGUCAAGCGUAAGUAUUACAUAAUCAUAUUGAUGGGAAUGGCAUAACGUAUGUAUGAAUUAAGUAGCCGGCUUUUCAUAAAUAAUUUCACAAAUGUUGGAUACCUAACUAAAUGUCAAACUAUAUGUACGUGUUAAUUGUUUCAAGUAAUUAUUUGUAAAAAUAUCGUAGUUUUACAAAGAUGCAUGCUGUAUAUGUGUAACGUACAAAUCUAUUUAUUAUAUAACAUGCCAUUAAUUUCAAGUACGAGAUAAUUAAUGCAUUGUGUAGAGAUAAUAUGCCAGCAGAUUAUACUAGAUAAGUGAGUGCACAAAAUGGCACGCCAAUUUUCCUUUAUGUAUUUUUAGUGUAAUAACUGCAUUGUACGGUUCCCAUAUUUCUGGUUCAUUCUCUCGUGACAUUUACUACUAGUGGAAAAUGGCACAUAAAAUUGAGGACCAGGAUGAUUUCGAGAAGAAACUUAACGAAGCUGGAGCUAAGCUGGUGAUCGUUUGCAUUUCUGCUACUGAAUGCGACAAAUGUGCAGGAAUUGAGGAAAAGCUGCAGGGAUUGAGUUCCAGAUUUGGUGAUUGUGAUUUUCUCGAGGUUGACGCAGAUAUGACUGAUGUCGCAGACAACCUUGGAGUUUACGAGUAUCCCACCUUCCACUUUUACCGUAAUUCAAAACAGAUUCCCGAGUAUAAAGUGAGAGGAGCCGAUCUGGAGGAGUUAAAUCAAAUUGGAGAAAUUAUUGAGAAACUUAAUUAAAAGUUGUUGGAAAAUGGGACCAAAUAAAAUCAGCCUGAAUCUGACCCAUUUUGCUGCAAAUUGUUUAUUAAAUGGUCAUAUUUAAAUAAUUAUGCCCAAGCUGCUUGCGUAUUUGAAGAAACCCAAUUUUUAUUCCUGAAACGAAAUGCAACUAAACUUCACCAAAAUACUUAUGUCUAAUAAAGGUAAUUAUAUUUAGCAUGCUUAUCAAUAUUCAUAUCUCAAUUAACGACGAUAAUACUUUUGACGAAUUCAAUAAAUAAGUGAUGGAUAACGAUUUAGUAGAUGCAUGUAAACAGAAAUUAACAAAAUUGGGAAAUUGGACCAAUAACCGUUGAAAUACACCUCGUGACAGCUCGUAAAUUGCGAUGAAGCUCAUGACGAAGUAUUAAGUAAUCAAUUUUAGAUGAAGAUGAUUGCCGAAUUUGCAAUUUACCAAUUUGAGGAAACAAUUCUCAAUAUAUGAAAAUGUCGUGGCUAUGCAUAAUCAAAUUGAUCGCUGACACAAAACUUUCGAACCUCGCUGUGUAUUAUUCCUUAAUUUUGGGCCUCUCGUCAAAGCUUUAAUGAAUAAUGCUGGCAGAUUCAAGCAGAUAUGUACACAAAGCUUUUCACCAUCAGAGUGAAAAUAUUUACUCUGUGUGCACACAGUUUUUGCAAUUUUUUUACCCAAAAAGUUAAUUCAAAAAUGGAUUUAUUAUCCGGAAAGAUGUUCACACCCAACGCGGUAUCCACACUGCGUCGGUUUAUUGGUUGGAGACAAAUUACACAAUCCAUCAUUUGCGAGUGGGAUGAUGGGAACAGUUCACUAAAACUAAUUAGGAAACAGACAAAAAUCUUGAGGUUCUCUUUCGGUGUAUUAUUGGGAAGCAUCUACUCCAUUUAUCUCGUCCUCAGACUUGUCACUCUUUUGAGCUCUUCCUCCCACUUUAGCAUAGUAGACGUUCUUUGGACCUUUUUAUGGGGUUUGUACUACUUGUGGGCGGUGGGGAACUAUAUCAAUACCGUCCUGAAACAGAAAGACGCAGUUUUCUUCUUCAUGGGAAUGAUCCAUCUGGACAGACAUUUUGAGGAUACUAUCUUAUCAACCAAAAUUUCGGUGAAAUCAAAACCGAAAUGGAGGAACAUAACAAUUUUGGAAGUGCUCAUGCUUGUGGAAGACUUUAUGGUGGUAUCGUUCGCUGCCUGUGGUUCCAUUAUGGGUUUAGCUCUUUCACACAAGCCAGCAUUCAUCUCGUCACUUUUGGACCCACAAUAUCACUCCUUUCCAUUUCUGGUGGGCUUUGCACUUUUCGAAUUUUACACCAUUGCUACGACAUCUGGAUCAAUUACAUUCUUUUGCAAUUAUCUCGCAACCUACAUGGCUGUCACGUUCCACUGGGUGAACAUGUUGAGGAGAGCGUUUCUUCUGGGUGGGAUGCGAGAUACAAGGGCGCUAAGAAAUUAUUGGAAACUGCAGCUUCUAAAUGCAUAUUUUAACCAUGCCCAUACCACUUUUGUGUACCCAAUGACCAUGUUCCUCUACUUUUCGACGUCGAUUUUAACAUUUUUUGGGUCCGUUCGACUCAAGGAGACUACUCCAAUCGUCGAGUAUAUUUUGUUCCCGAUGGCAUGCUCGUUCCUUCUCAUUGUAUUUACAGCUUUGUUAUAUGGUUCGGGAUCCGUGUACUCCAGCUCGUGUGAAUUCCUCCACCGUUUUGCUAACUGUCCAGCCGUAGUCAUGAAUAAUGGGAAAAGUAAACUCGGAAACAGAUUGAUGAAUAAACAAAUUAAGGCUUUGAAACCGUUUGGAGUACAGAUCGGGACAUUUCCCUACAUUACGAAACCGUCAGUUUUAAUGGUGUAUGCGGUCUGGUCAAACUAUGCGAUUUCCUUAUUGAUUGCUGUCUCGAAUACGUAAUGCUUUACAUGCGUAAUGAGGAAGUCUAUACAUUUAUAUAACAGACCCAACUUGUGUCUGUCCAUUCAAGUGGGAAUUUGAUAAUAAUACCUAAUUAUACAUGUUUUUUACUGUUAUUAUGCAAUAGCCUGGAUGAAAACGGAAGUUGAAUUCUCACUGAUUCAGAGAGUCGUAACAUGUGUAUUUACUUAUAUACUUAAAAUAGAAUAAAGUUGC